GACGAGCGCGCAGCGAAGGACUGGCUGGCAGGACGCGCGGUGAAGCCGGAUUAGAAGCAGUGAGCACUUGGGGACUUAGGGCCACAGGACACCGCACUAGAUCGACCGACUUUUUCUGGAGAGCCGCAGACCGGGCACGCUGGGGUCGCUGGGGCUGGCCAUGGUGAUGGAGGUGGGCAUCCUGGACGCCGGGGGGCUGCGCGCGCUGCUGCGAGAGGGCGCGGCGCAGUGCCUGUUGUUGGAUUGUCGAUCCUUCUUCGCUUUCAACGCCGGCCACAUCGCGGGCUCAGUGAACGUGCGCUUCAGCACCCUCGUGCGGCGCCGCGCCAAGGGCGCCAUGGGCCUGGAGCAUAUCGUGCCCAACGCUGAAUUGCGCGGCCGCCUGCUGGCCGGAGCCUACCACGCCGUGGUGCUGCUGGACGAGCGCAGCGCCUCCCUGGACGGCGCCAAGCGCGACGGUACCCUGGCCCUGGCCGCGGGAGCGCUCUGCCGAGAGGCGCGCUCCACUCAAGUCUUCUUCCUCCAAGGAGGAUAUGAAGCGUUUUCGGCUUCCUGCCCUGAGCUGUGUAGCAAACAGUCCACCCCCAUGGGGCUCAGCCUCCCCCUGAGUACUAGUGUGCCUGACAGUGCAGAAUCCGGAUGCAGCUCCUGUAGUACCCCUCUCUACGACCAGGGGGGCCCAGUGGAGAUCCUGUCCUUCCUGUACCUGGGCAGUGCCUAUCAUGCUUCCCGGAAGGAUAUGCUUGACGCCUUGGGCAUCACCGCCUUGAUCAACGUCUCAGCCAACUGUCCUAACCACUUUGAGGGUCACUACCAGUACAAGAGCAUCCCUGUGGAGGACAACCACAAGGCAGACAUCAGCUCCUGGUUCAACGAGGCUAUUGACUUCAUAGAUUCCAUCAAGGAUGCUGGAGGGAGAGUAUUUGUUCAUUGCCAGGCCGGCAUCUCCCGGUCUGCCACCAUCUGCCUUGCUUACCUCAUGAGGACUAACCGGGUAAAGCUGGACGAGGCCUUUGAGUUUGUGAAGCAGAGGCGGAGUAUCAUCUCCCCGAACUUCAGCUUCAUGGGCCAGCUGCUGCAGUUUGAGUCCCAAGUGCUGGCUCCUCACUGCUCUGCUGAAGCUGGGAGCCCUGCCAUGUCUGUCCUUGACCGGGGCACCUCUACUACCACUGUCUUCAACUUCCCUGUCUCCCUCCCGGUCCACCCCACGAACAGUGCCCUGAACUACCUUAAAAGCCCCAUCACCACCUCUCCGAGCUGCUGAAGGGCAAGGGGAGGUGGAGUUUCACUUGCCACCGGUCACCACUCCUAUGGGAGGAGCAAUGCAAUAACUCUGGGAGAGGCUCACGUGAGCUGGUCCUUAUUUAUUUAACACCCCCCCCCCUUCUCCUCCUGAGUUCCACUGAGUUCCUAAGCAGUCACAACAAUGACUUGACCGCAAGACAUUUGCUGAACUCAGCACAUUCAGGACCAAUAUAUUGUGGGUACAUCAAGUCCCUCUGACAAAACAGGGCAGAAGAGAAAGGACUCUGUUUGAGCCAGUUUCUUUGCUUGCCCGUUUUUUUCUAGAAACUUCAUGCUUGACAUACCUACCAGUAUUAACCAUUCCCAUAUGAGAGUUUUACCUUUAUUUAUUUUUGUGUAGGUAGGUGGUCUGCCUUCACAAAUGUCAUUGUCUACUCAUAGAACCAAAUACCUCAAUUUUGUGUUUGCGUACUGUACUAUCUUGUAAAUAGACCCAGAGCAGGUUUGCUUUCAGCACUGAAGGACAAAGCCAGCCUUGGUUUGUAGCUUUCGGUUAUCAACAGUUGUAUGUUUGUUUAUUUAUGAUCUGAAGUAAUAUAUUUCUUCUGAGAAGACACGUUGUUACUGGGAUGACUUUUUAUACAACAGAAUAAAUUAUGACGUUUCUAUUG